AUGCUGACUCGUCGCUCCUUCCGAAUUGCUUCUCUCCUUUUAGCGAGCGCUGUUUUCUGGAUAUUUAUUCGAUUUCUGUCCGAGCAGGAGAUUUACUCGAUCCCGCAGACGGCCUUGAGUCUGCGUCAACAGAGCCCCCUACGCUCCCCCGACGCUUCACCGGGUGCGACGGACAGCGCCUCACCACUCUCAGACGAACUUGAAGCAACCCGCCAGCGCUGCGCGUCUCAUGGCUUCAAACCCUUCAUCCCCGCCGGCGCAGCCCGACGCAAGGUGUACGACUUGUUCAUGAUCAACUCGGAACUCGACUUUCUGGAGAUCCGCCUCGACACUCUCUACGACCACGUGGACUACUUUGUCAUUGUCGAGUCACCGCUCACCUUUCAGGGCAGAGAAAAGAACCUCACGAUCCGCGACAACUGGUCCAAGUUUGCGCGAUUCCACCCCAAGCUUAUAUACCACCAGCUCGAAUUCCCUGCCGACUUUGCACCCCGUCUCACCUGGGACUUUGAGGACCUCCAGCGCGACUCCAUGCUCACCCAAGUCUUUCCCAAACUAUCCGGCCAACAGGCCCCCAAUAGAGGGGACGUCAUCAUCGUCGCCGACGUCGACGAGAUCCCUCGCCCCGAAACAAUCACCAUCCUGCGAUCAUGUACAUUUCCUCGCCGACUGACCCUCCACUCCAGAUUCUACUACUACUCGUUUCAAUUCCUCCACGCCGGACCGGAAUGGCCCCAUCCACAGGCGACGUUUUACCAGGGCCCUGACGAAACCAUUACCCCUACGCACUUGCGCGUCGGCGACGGCGGCUCGUUUUUCCACCGAGAACUAUUCGAAAAGGGCGGCUUGAAAAACGCCUCGUGGCACUGUAGUAGUUGCUUUGCCACCAUUGAGCAGUUGUUGAACAAGAUGGCGAGCUUCUCGCACAUAUGGAUGAACGACGCCAAGUUUAGGGAUAGAGACAAGAUUGUGGAAUCCGUCCGGCAGGGCAAGGACCUGUGGGGGCGGAAAACGGACAAGUUUGUCAGGGUGGACGGCAAUGCCGAUGUGCCGGGGCUGCUGGGCAGAGAGGAAGGCAAGAGGUUUGGGUACAUGGUGAGCAGGGACGGCGACGGCGCCGGGUUCACGGACUAUCCAUAG